CCGGUAGUGGUGGCGGCGGUGGCGGGUGGCGGCAGCGGUCAGCGGUCGGCCAUGGCGGAGGCGGAGGCCGGCGGCGACGAAGUCCGCUGCGUGCGGCUGAACGCCGAGCGGGCCAAGGUACUGCUGGCCGACGUAGACACGCUGCUGUUCGACUGCGAUGGCGUGCUGUGGCGCGGCGAGACGGCUGUGCCCGGCGCGCCGGAGACUCUGCGGGCGCUGCGGGCCCGCGGCAAGCGCCUGGGCUUCAUCACCAACAACAGCAGCAAGACUCGCAGGGCCUACGCGGAGAAGCUAAGGAGCUUGGGUUUCGGCGGCCCGGUGGGACCCGACGCGGGCCUCGAGGUCUUCGGCACGGCCUACUGCAGCGCGCUCUAUCUGCGCCAGCGCCUGGCCGGCGUGCCGGACCCCAAGGCCUACGUGCUGGGCAGCCCGGCCUUAGCCGCCGAGCUGGAGGCCGUGGGUGUCUCCAGCGUGGGCGUGGGCCCGGAGGCGUUGGAAGGCGAAGGGCCGGGCGACUGGCUGGCCGCGCCGCUCGAACCCGACGUGCGCGCGGUAGUGGUGGGCUUCGACCCACACUUCAACUACAUGAAACUCACCAAGGCCGUGCGGUACCUGCAGCAGCCCGACUGCCUGUUCGUGGGCACCAACAUGGACAACCGGCUCCCGCUGGAGAACGGCCGUUUCCUUUCGGGUACCGGCUGUCUGGUGCGAGCCGUGGAGAUGGCCGCCCAGCGCCAGGCGGACAUCAUCGGGAAGCCUAGCCGCUUCAUCUUCGACUGCGUGUCCCAGGAGUAUGGCAUCAACCCGGACCGCACCGUCAUGGUGGGAGACCGCCUGGACACAGACAUCCUCCUGGGCGCCACCUGUAGCAUGAAGACUAUCCUGACCCUCACCGGAGUCUCCAGUCUUGAGGAUGUGAAGACUAAUCAGGAAAGUGACUGCAUGUACAAGAAGAAAAUGGUCCCUGACUUUUAUGUUGACAGCAUAGCCGACCUCUUGCCUGCCCUUCAAGGUUAAAGAUCUAGUAUCUUUAACCUCUGGAAUAAAAAAAAGAAAGAAAGAAAACCAGUUACCUAAAUUAAUAGGUGGGGCUUACAAAUGGCUGUUAGGUUGCUACAGGUUAAUUGGAGUUAAGCAAAGGCAGUAGUUAACCUUGUAAGUAAACUUUGGGGGCGGGGUGUUGUUUACAGAUGAUUGUAUUUUAAGAUGCACUUUUAAACCUGGAAGGCAUUAUGGGGUGGGUCCUGGGCUUUAUAUGUGUUGGCAUGGGUGGGCAUAGCGUCUCCCCAGGAUUCGGGUUACCUGAAGUGGGUCAAGGGUUUUGUGUCGUGCUUUAUACUGAAAAAAUGUUUUCAGAGAUCAGACCCUGGGAUGGGCGAAGAGGAAAGGAAGGGCUCUUAAUGAGACAUGUGUGCCCACCAAAAGCUGGGGUUUCCCCCCCGUGUCAUCCUACAGCAGAGAAGCCUGCUGCUGUGCCUCAGUUCCUCACCUGCAGGGUGGGGUGGAGGAAGCUACUCCCAGGUGGGAUUACUGUUGUUGGGGUUUAGUAUGCUGCCCUUGACAACUUCCACUCGCCCCUACUUCCUUGAAAACCUCUUUGAUGUCACAAUUGUCUGUUUCAGAUGCCCAGCACUACAGCCCUCAUGCACAGUAACAGCCUAGCUAAAUUGUGGCUCUCGUGUGUGGUCUGCUGAGCAGCCAAGGGGUAUGGAUGCUUGCACUGAACUCCAUACUGCUGUACAGGGAUCUUAAAACAGUGUUUAAUUU